UUGAGAUGGUUUUACACCGCGGACAAGUCCACAACCCGUUUGCUUCACCACUACGACGUUGAAAUCGUGUAAAUAGUUUUGGGAUUAAACACGUCAUCUCCCGGUCAACCGAGGCGCUGAACCCGAGCUGUUUAGUCAUACAGGGUGUGUCUCUGUUCACUCGCAGCGGACUCGUUUUUCCACUCUUUCUACCGGUUCCUCUCUCUUUCUCGCCCUCUCUUUACUGCGAGCUCCGGUGCAGAUCUCCUCCGACAGAACGAUCUUUCUUCGAAUCAAACCAACUAUCAGCUAUCUAUCAGAAUGGCUGGUCGAGGCAGUGUGAGAGCCAGUGGAAACUUCAACGCCAACCAAGAUGCAGAGAUACUCUACAAGGCCAUGAAGGGACUGGGAACCGAUGAGGAUUCCAUCAUGAAGUUGUUGACGUCUCGUAGCAACAGCCAGAGACAGCAGAUCAAAGCUGCAUACAAGACCCUGCAUGGCAAGGACCUGGUAGGUGAUCUGCAGGGUGAACUGGGGGGAACGUUUGAGACUCUGGUAGUGGCUCUAAUGACUCCGCCCAUCCUCUACGAUGUGACAUCACUACGGAACGCCAUCAAGGGGGCGGGGACCGAUGAGAAGGUGCUGAUUGAGAUCCUGUCUUCUAGAACGGCCCAGCAGAUUAAGGACAUCACUGCUGCCUACCGCCAGGAGUUUGAUGCAGACCUAGAGGAGGAUGUAACAGGAGACACGUCAGGUCACUUCAGGAGACUGCUGGUCAUCCUGCUACAGGCCAGCAGACAGAAGGGGGUACAGGAGGGGAACAUAGAGGCUGACGCACAGACUUUGUUCACUGCAGGAGAGAAGAAUUAUGGGACCGACGAAGACCAGUUCAUCACCAUCCUGGGGAACAGGAGCGCUGAACACCUGAGGAGAGUGUUUGCUGCGUACAUGAAGCUGGCAGGGUAUGAGAUGGAAGAGAGUAUUCAGAGAGAGACUUCUGGAGGACUGAGAGACCUGCUACUGGCCGUGGUAAAGUGUGCUCGGAGCGUCCCAGCCUACUUUGCAGAGACUCUGUACUAUUCGAUGUCGGGCGGUGGAACUGACGACCAGACCUUAAUCAGAGUGAUGGUGAGUCGUAGUGAGGUGGACAUGUUGGAUAUCAGAGCUGAUUACAGACGCCUCUACACCAAGUCUCUGCACUCUGCUAUACAGGGAGAUACCUCUGGUGACUACCGUAAGGCCCUCCUCCUGCUCUGUGGCGGUGACGACGCGUAACUGUGGCGAUGAUCCCUGAAGGAGCGAUACCCAGAGAGAACCUCCACUCUGACUGGCCCCUCUAGCUGUCAAUCACUCUCUGAGUCCUGUGUAACCCAAUAGGAGAGCUCUGCUGGCCACAGUGCAGCACUGUGAUAGGUUAUGAUAGAUGUAAUCCUGUGUGUAUCUGUAGCUAACAUCCUUAAAGCUUUACUCUGCUUCAUAUCUACAUCACUAAAGUCAUAAUAAUGCUGACAGUCAUGUUUUACUAUCAGUUAUAUAACAACUAAAGACUGUUUUCAUAUUUUUACUGUUUGUAAGACAAGACUGAAGACAUAAUAAACAUUUUGACAGCA